AUGGCAGAGGACAAUGUUGUUCUAUUGGAUUUCUGGCCAAGCUCUUAUGGAAUGAGGGUGAAAAUCGCUUUGGCAGAAAAGGGCGUUUCACAUGAGUGCAAGCAAGAAGACUUUCAAGCUAAAAGUUCUCUGCUUUUAGAGAUGAACCCGGUUCAUAAAAUGAUCCCGGUUUUGAUUCAUAAUGGAAAACCCAUAUGUGAAUCACUCAACAUCGUUGAGUAUAUUGAUGAGGCUUGGAACCACAAACCUUCUCUGCUGCCUUCGGACCCUUACAAGCGAUCCCAAGCCAGGUUUUGGGGCGAUUACAUUAACAAAAAUGUAUACAGUAUUGGAAAGAAGGUAUGGAUGGGGAAGGGUAAAGAACAAGAAGAGGGCAAGAAGCAAUUUAUAGAAUGCUUGAAGAUCCUGGAAGAUGAGCUUGGAGACAAGAAAUAUUUUGGUGGUGAGGAUUUUGGGUUUGUGGAUGUGGCUCUUGUUCCAUUCACAAGCUGGUUUUACACGUACGAGACAUGUGGGAAACUAAGCAUAGAGGAAGAGUGUCCAAAGCUUGUGGCUUGGGCCAAGAGGUGCAUGGAAAAAGAGAGUGUAGCCAAGUCACUCCCUCACCCUCACAAGAUCUAUGGCUUUGCCCUGCAAUAUAAACAGAGACAUGGACUUGAGUAG